UUUAGCCACACCCUUUGAGCUAUGACGCAGUUUCUCUUCGGUGUAAACGGAUGUGAACAAUGAACAUUUCCACGUUAACGUUUUUUUAAUUGUUGUUAUUUACCACCAUGGAACUCAAAAUAUUAUACAUUUAACCGCACCGCAUCACAUACUUAGCCCAUGUAGUCUUUAAUUCGCGUUGGAUAGAGGACUUGGUUUUAUGUAUGUUGUUAUCUAGCUAGGUAACGCUAGCUAGCGGAUAACGUUCGCUAACAAUGGCUAACUGUAUGGUUUUUCACACUCAAAUAGCAUCUAUCAUGGAGGUGCUAGCGAAUGCAGCCGUGGCAGAGAUUUGUAAACUCGUAGACGACGACUAUGCAGAGUUUCGUUUGGAAAUUUCUCAAAGCCAGAAAGAAAACAGGACCUUACGGAGGAAACUACAGCUACUUGAACUGAAGGUGUCACGGGAACGCAUACUACCCAGUCGUCCCAGCAGUGUCAAAAUCCUUGACCGAUACAGAAGCAUAGCAAGAGGUGAAGGACAUCUCACUGGAGGCCACAGGAGUGUUGUGAAGCCAACAGGACAAAAUAGAUGGAGAGAUGACCAACCAAUCACUGUUGAUGAGGGGAGUGGAACCUCAACCCAGCAUGUUAUCGUGAUAGAAUCUGCAGAUGCUGCAGGUCCUGGGGUCAAGCUGGAAAGGUCUGAAGGAGAGGAGGACCCACAAGACAGCAGAGACAACCAGACUGGAGUGGCACCCCCUGUAGCCACGGAGGACCUCACCACCUCCCCAGUGCAGCCCAGGAGCCGACGCAGCGUCACGGAGGAGGAGGAGGGUCCAGAGGUGCUGCUGGUGAAGGAGGAGGGCAGUGAGGAGGGUCUGGGGAACCCUGAGGAGACUAUGGUCAUGGAGGACAACCAGACUACACCUCUUGAACACACAGAGGAACCAGCUGAGCAGCACAGGACCACACACAGUCUCCCUGAGUCAGUAGACAUGGAGGAUGGGAUGCCUGAUCUGCUGCUAGUCAAAGAGGAGGCAGUAGAAGACCGACCAGAGAGCAUUGACCUGCUGAGUGGACUAAAGAUGGGUGGGCAAGGUGGUUGGCUGGAGGCAACAGAGGACAGAGGAGACUGGGUGGCCAUCUUGGAUUCCCAAACUCAGACGGGUGCAGCCAAGGGCCCAGGGGACAACAUCACUGAGCAGGCCAGGACCAGAGGCAACAUAGUGGAAGACAGUGGAUGGGACAGCGUCCUCAACUCUGGGCUGGUGAACAACACUGUUAACCACAACCAGAAACAGACAGUGGAACACAAAACAACAUACGAACUUAGUCUCCAUGACAACAGACUGGCUGAGACCAGGGGGAGGUGUAGAUUUGGUCCACGGGGACAGAGAGGUGUCCGUAUGCAGCUGGAGAGAACAGACACAGACUCAGCUAGCGAUGCACCGUCCUGCUCCUAUAGUUGUGAUUCAGAGAGACUGAUGGCGCCUCAGGUUACCCCCCUAACAGGUGCAGCCUUUAGCCUGCCUUCUAUAGGAUCUAUCAACUGGAACAUGGACCCUGCGACAACACAGACACUUCCUGGCCUUCAUCCUCCUCACACUCUCCUAAUGUUAAACCAUACCUCAGGCAAUAGUGCCUCAACACUAAAUGGGUACACAAGCCCAUUGACAAAUGACAGUAGUAGUAUUAAUGCUGUCAGUCGAUCUGGUGGCAAAGAGAAGCGCUUCCCAUGUCCUUUCUGUGGGAAAGCCUUCAGUUUCCCUAAACAGGUGCAGAUCCACCAGAGGGUCCACACAGGGGUAAAACCCUUCAGCUGUACCCAGUGUCACAUGUGCUUCGCUCAGACUGGUGACCUGAAGAGGCACCAGAGGGUCCACACCGGGGAGAAACCAUAUAGCUGCCCCCAGUGUGAGAAGAGGUUCUCCCGCAAGCACCAGCUGAAUAGGCACCUGAAGGUUCAUACGGGAGAGAGGCCAUUCGCCUGUACGCAAUGCAGGAAGAGGUUCUCAGAGAGGAGCAACCUCAGGAUACACCAGCAGAAAGACCAUUCCACUCUAUGACAUAGAAAGGAACCGUAUCACUCAAUACCUUCUGAGGUUUAGAUUAAACCCAGUAUUAAAGAGAAAUAAUAAUUUUCAUUGUUGUCAGCAGAAAAGAUCCACAGAUGCAUUUGGAAUGACAGAUUUCAGUGUUGAAUAUUCCUCGGUAGAAUAUUGCAUCCAGACAUUGUGAUAUACACUGAGUGUACAAAACAUUAAGGAUACCUUCCAAAUAUUUAUUUGUACCCCCCAUUUUGCCCUCAGAACAGCCUCAAUACGUAGGGGCAUGGACUCUACAAAGUGUCGAAAGCAUUCCACCGGGAUGCUGGUUCAUGUUGACUCCAAUGCUUCCCACAGUCGUGUCAAAUUGUCUAUGUUCUUUGGCUGUUGGACCAUUCUUGAUACAUAUGGGAAACUGUUGAGUGUGAAAAACCCAGUAGCAUUGCGGUUCUUGACACAAACUGUUGCGCCCGGCACCUAAUACGAUACCCCGUUCAAAAGCACUUAAAUAUUUUGACUUGCCCAUUCACCCUCUGAAUGGCACACAUACACGAUCCAUGACUCAACUGUCUCAAGGUUAAAAAUCCUCCUUUAACCAGUCUCCUCCCCUUCAUCUACGCUGAUUGAUGUGACGACAAUAAGAGAUCAUAUUUCUUUCACGUAGUUAGUCUGUCAUGGAAAGAACAAGUGUUCAUAAUGUUUUGUACACAGUCAUUUAUACACUGAACAAAAAUAUAAAACGCAACAUGCAACAAUUUAAAAGAUUUUACUGAGUUAUAGAAAUCAGUCAAUUGAAAUAAAUGAAUUAGGCCCUAAUCUAUGGAUUCACAUGACUGGGCAGGGGUGCAGCCAUGGGUGGACCUUGGAGGGCAUAGGCCUAGCCAGUCAGAAUGAGUUUAUCCACACAAAAGGGCUUUAUUACAUACAGAAAAUACUCCUCAGCACCCCCUUAGACUAUCCUGCAGGCGAAGAAGCCGGAUGCCCAGGUCCUGGGCUGGCAUGGCUACACGUGGUCUGCGGUUGUGAGGCCUGUUGGACUUACUGCCAAAUCCUCUAAAACGAAACGAACAUUCAAUUGCCUGGCAACAGCUCUGGUGGAUAUUGCUGCAGUCUGCAUGCCAAUUGCACGCUCCCUCAACUUGAGACAUCUGUGCAAGUGUUGUGUGACAAAACUGCACAUUUUAAAGUGUCCUUUUAUUGGCCCCCAGCACAAGGUGCACCUGUGUAAUGACCAUACUGUUUAAUCAGUUUCUUGAUAUGCCACACUUGUCAGGUGGAUUGAUUAUCUUGGCUAAGGAGAAAUGCUCACUAACAGGGAUGUAAACGAAUGUAUGCACAGAAUGAGAGAAAUAAGCUUUUUGUGUGUAUGGAAAAUCUCUGGAAUCUUUUAUUUCAACUCAUGAGAGAUGGGACCAACACUUUACAUGUUGCAUUUAUUUUUGUUCAGUGUACAUAAACUCAGCAAAAAAAAAAAGUUUAUUUUUCAGAACCCUGUCUUCCAAAGAUAUUUAGAUUUUUACGAAUUAACUUCACAGAUCUUCAUUGUGAAGGGUUUAAACACUGUUUCCCAUGCUUGUUCAAUGAACCAUUAAUGAAUGAACAUGCACAUGUUGAACGGUCGUUAAGACACUAACAGCUUGCAGACGGUAGGCAAUUAAGGUCAGUUAUGAAAACUGAGGACACUAAAGAGGCCUUUCUACUGACACUGAAAAACAGAAGAAAGAUGCCCAGGGUCCCUGCUCAUCUGCAUGAACGUGCCUAUGGCAUGCUGCAAGGAGGCAUGAGGACUGCAGAUGUGGCCAGGGCAAUAAAUUACAUUGUCCGUACUGCGAGACAACCAAGACAGCGCUACAGGGAGACAGGACGGACAGUUGAUCGUCCUCGCAAUGGCAGACCACGUGUAACAACACCUGCACAGGAUCGGUACAUCCGAACAUCACACUUGCUGGACAGGUACAUUAUGGCAACAACAGCUGCCCGAGUUACACAAGGAAUGCACAAUCCCUCCAUCAGUGCUCAGACUGUCCGCAAUAGGCUGAGAGAGGCUCGGCAGAGAGCUUGUAGGCCUGUUGAAAGGUAGGUCCUCACCAGACAUCACCGGCAACAACGUCUAUGGGCACAAACCCACCGUCGCUGGACCAGACAGGACUGGCAAAAAGUGCUCUUCACUGACGAGUCACGGUUUUGUCUCACCAGGGGUGAUGGUCGGAUUCGCGUUUAUCAUCAAAGGAAUGAGCGUUACUUCGGCCUGUACUCUGGAGCGGGAUCGAGGUGGAGGGUCUGUCAUGGUCUGGGGCGGUAUGUCACAGCAUCAUCGGACUAAGCUUGUUGUCAUUGCAGGCAAUCUCAACGCUGUGCGUGACAAUGAAGACGACAUCCUCCCUCAUGUGGUACCCUUCUGGCAGGCUCAUCCUAACACCAUUUUGGAACUCAAAAUAUGACGCGUUGGAGACUGGACUUGGUUGAUCGGUGUUCUUUAGGUAAGGCUAGGUAGCUAGCUGCUAACAAUCAUGGAUAACUGUAUGGUUUUUCACACUCAAAUAGCCUCCAUCAUGGAGGUGCCAGCGAAUGCAGCCGUGGCAGAGAUCUGUAGUGUUGAAGUGUUUCGUUUGGACAUUUCUCAAAGCCAGAAAGAAAACAGGGCAUUGCGGAGGAAACUACAGCUAUUGGAACUGAAGGUGGCACGGGAGCGCGUCCUCGCCAGUCGUCCUAGUUGUGACACGAUCGUCGACGGACAUGGAGGAAUGUCAAGAGGUGAAAGACAUCUCACUGGAGGCCACAGGAUCUCUGUGAAGCCAGCGGGUCACAAUACAUGGAAAGAUGACCAACCAAUCACUGUUGAUGAGGGGGGUGGAACCUCAACCCAGCACGUUAUCAUGAUAGAGUCUGCAGAUACAGAGGCGGCAGGUCCUGGAGGAUCGUCUCUGGUCAAGCAGGAGAGGACUGAAGGAGAGGAGGACCCACGACACAGCAGAGACAUCCAGACUGGAGCAGCAUCUAGAGCGCCCCCUGUAGCCACGGAGGACCUCACCGCCCAGCCCAGGACCUGACACAGCAUCACGGAGGAGGAGGAGGGUCCAGAGGUGCUGCUGGUGAAGGAGGAGGAGGAGGGUCUGGGGAAGCCUGAGGGGACCAUGGUCAUGGAGGACAACCAGACUACACCUCCUCCUGAACCCACAGAGGAACCAGCUGAGCAGCACAGGACCACAUAGUCUCACUGAGUCAGACAUGGAGACAUGGAGGAUGGGAAGCCUGAUCUUCUGCUAGUCAAAGAGGAGUCAAUAGAAGAUGGACGAGAGAGCAUUGAUCUGCUGAGUGGACUGAAGAUGGGGGAGCAAGGACCUGAGCCCUAGGACCAUGCCCCAGGACUACCUGACAUGAUGACUCCUUGCUGUCCCCAGUCCACCUGGCCAUGCUGCUGCUCCAGUUUCAACUUCCACCUGACUGUGCUGCUGCUCCAGUUUCAACUGUUCUGCCUUAUUAUUAUUCAACCAUCCUGGUCAUUUAUGAACAUUUGAAUAUCUUGGCCAUGUUCUGUUAUAAUCUCCACCUGGCACAGCCAGAAGAGGACUGGCCACCCCACAUAGCCUGGUUCCUCUCUAAGUUUCUUCCUAGGUUUUGGCCUUUCUAGGGAGUUUUUCCUAGCCACCGUGCUUCUACACCUGCAUUGCUUGCUGUUUGGGGUUUUAGGCUGGGUUUCUGUACAGCACUUUGAGAUAUCAGCUGAUGUACGAAGGGCUAUAUAAAUACAUUUGAUUUGAAUAUCUUUCCGACAGAUAAGAUCUAAACCAGGCCAGAACUUGUCCGUCUAGACCAAUUUGAGUUUCCAAUCUCUUCAAAAGAAUGUGGUGAUCGAUGGUAUCAAAAUCAGCACUAAGGUCUAGGAGCACGAGGACAGAUGCAGAGCCUUGGUCUGACGCCAUUAAAAGGGUCUGACUCCAGCAGAUAGAUUAUCAUGCCACAGAUGAUGCAAGACAUACGAGAUGAGACAGGAUGUCGAAUGGUGCCAGAGAGGAUGGUGCGUUACCUCCACCAACAGCAUGGGUGGUGAAAUCUUUGUGAAACGCAGAGUAGGUGAACGGACCUCCUCAUGUGGUUCCCACCGUGAAGCAUGGAGGAGGAGGAGGACAAUGACCCAACACACCUCCAGGCUGUGUAAGGGCUAUUUGACCAAGAAUGAUAGUGAUGGAGUGCUGCAUCAGAUGACCUGGCCUCCACAAUCACCCAACCUCAACUCAAUUGAGAUAGUUUGGGAUGAGUUGGACCUCAGAGUGAAGGAAAAGCAGUGCUCAGCAUAUAUGGGAACUCCUUCAAGACUGUUGGAAAAGCAUUCCUCAUGAAGCUGGUUGAGAGAAUGCCAAGAGUGUGCAAAGCUGUCAUCGAGGCAAAGGGUGGCUACUUUGAAGAAUCUCAAAUAUAAAAUAUAUUUAGAUUUGUUCAACACUUUUUUGAUUACUACAUGAUUCUGUGUGUUAUUUCAUAGUUUUGAUGUCUUCACUAUUAUUCUACAAUGUAGAAAAUAGUAAAAAUAAAGAAAACCCUUAAAUUA